GAGUUCGCGGGGAGAGGGACAUCGCCGUAGAGUAUCAUCGCGCUCCGAGUCAAUUCUAGCAUCCGCGUUGCCGGUCGAGCUGGGAUAGGGAGCCGAUCGUUUUCCUUGGAACUUCGUUCCGCGUCGGUCAAUUCUCGAGGCGUCAGAGGCCCGGGAAGCGUUUCGGGAAGCUGCGUUCGGAGACUGCGAAGUGGCACGGUGCGCUGAAAGUUCGUGAAGGUUUCUACAACUACCUGCGGCGAACCUUCGAGUCUUCCUGAUCUCGGGUGCAAGCUUCGUCCGAUCGGCAAAAUGAGUUCGGCGGUUAUCGCUGCGGGGGUUGUCAUGGCUGCCCUGGGUUUCGGUGGCCGAGCGCUCUUGAGAGCCCGACCGGCUAUCGAAAAAACAAUGCAGCAGAAGAUGAAAGAGGUGGCUUUCGAUGAUGUGAAACGCAAGUUCACGUUCGAUCUGGAUAAGCUCGCGGUGGACUCCAAGUACUACAAAGGAGGUUUCGAAGACAAAAUGUCCCGUAGAGAAGCGUCGCUGGUUCUCGGUGUUGGUCAGUCUGCGAAUAAAGCUAAGAUAAAGGAAGCUCACAAGCGCAUAAUGUUGCUGAACCAUCCAGACCGAGGAGGAAGCCCGUACUUGGCAGCGAAGAUCAACGAGGCCAAAGAUUUGCUAGAUAAAUAAAUAUGUAACAUCAAAUCGUAGUUGUAUAUUCAAUAAAUU